GGGGUUUAGGGUGAAGAAGUGAAAGACAUCAAAGUUGAGGUUAAAGAGAAAGAAGAAGAGAUGUUGGUGAGUGGAGAUCAGCAGUCUAUGGAGGAGGGUUGUCCUCUGCAUUCCCAGAAUUCUACACGGGAAGAUGCCAACUAUACAGAUAAUAAUCAGAAUGAAGAACGGAAAGACAUCAAGGCUGAGCUUAAAGAGGAAGAAGAAGAGAUGUCGAUGAGUGGAGCUCAGCAGUUUAUGGGAGGGGGAGGUCCUCUGUAUUCCCAGAAUUCUACACGGGAAGAUGACAACUAUACAGAUAAUAAUCAGAAUGAACGGAAAGACAUCAAGGCUGAGCUUAAAGAGGAAGAAGAGAUGUCGAUGAGUGGAGCUCAGCAGUCUAUGGGAGGGGGAGGUCCUCUGUAUUCCCGGGAUUCCACACAGGAAGGUCACACCAUCCCUCACCAUCAUCAGGAUGAAGAAGUGAAAGACAUCAAAGCUGAGAUUAAAGAGGAAGAAGAAGAGACGUUGGUGACCAGACAUCAGCAGUCUAUGGAGGAGGGUUGUCCUCUGUAUUCCCGGGAUUCUACACGGGAAGAUCAGAACUAUACAGAGAAUGAUCAGGGUGAAGAACGGAAAGACACCAAAGCUGAGCAUAAAGAGGAAGAAGAAGAGAGGUUGGUGAAUGGAGAUCAGCAGUCUAUGGAGGAGGGGGAGAAGAAUAUUAAAAGUAAACAGGAGAAAUCUUCUCUACAUAUGAACACAACAGAUGGACGGUGUUUCUGGAAUAUAAAUACAUCGGAGGGACAUCUUAUUAUAUCUCCAGAUUGUAAGGCAGAAGAUACCGACAUUCCACAAUAUUCUCCCAAAGUCACCUCUGAUUGGUUGGUUAGAUCAUCAGAUCCUUCCAAUCCUGAGGAACCUUCUGAUAAAUCACAAACUAUGACCUCAGAUGUCCUUCCAAGUUCUCACAGUGCUGACAGAUCACCAGAUCCAUCCAAUCCCCAGACAUCUUCUUCAAGCCAUAAGAAGGUUCACACAGGAGAGCGUUCAUUGUCAUGUUCAGAGUGCGGGAAAUCUUUCAAUCGCAAAAAAGAUUUUAUUGUACACCAGAGAAGUCACACCGGUGAGCGUCCUUUCCGUUGUUCAGAGUGCGGGAAAUCUUUCACCACAAUGGGAUCACUUUUUAAACACCAGAAACUUCACACGCGGGAGCGUCCUUAUUCAUGUACAGAGUGCGGGAAAUCUUUCACUCGCAAAGAACACCUUGUUAGACACCAGAGAAUUCACACAGAUGAACGUCCUUUUUCAUGUCCAGAGUGCGGAAAAACUUUCCACGAAAGGAUCGCCCUACUUACACAUCAGAAAAUUCACACUGGUGUGCGUCCUUUCCCUUGUUUAGAGUGCGGGAAAUGUUUCUCUAAAAAAUUCCAGUUUACUGUACACCAGAGAAUUCACACGGGGGAGCGUCCUUAUUCGUGUUCAGAGUGCGGGAAAUCUUUCUCUCAGAAACGAGACCGUAAUGAACACCAGAGAAUUCACACAGGUGAGCGCCCUUUUUCGUGUUCAGAGUGCGGGAAAUCUUUCUCUCGGACAGCACACCUUGUAAGACACCAGAGCAUCCACACAGGUGUGCAUCUUUAUUCGUGUUCAGAGUGUGGGAAAUGUUUUCGUGAUAAAGAACAACUUAUUGUACACCGGAGAAUUCACACAGGUGAGCGUCCAUUUUCAUGUUCAGAGUGCGAGAAAAGUUUCAUUCAGAAAUCAGCCCUAGUUUCCCAUCAGAAAAGUCACACGGAUAUUCGUCCUCAUUCAUGCUCAGAGUGCGGGAAAUCUUUCGCCAGAAAAGGAUCACUUUUGAAACACCAGAGAAUUCACACUGGUGAGCGUCCUUAUUCAUGUUCAGAGUGCGGGAAAUCUUUCACUCAUAAAAUAAACCUUGAUCAACACCAUAGAGUUCACACAGGAGAGCGCCCUUAUUCAUGUUCAGAGUGCGGGAAAUUUUUCAUCACAAAAGGUUCACUUUUUAAACACCAAAGGCUCCACACAGGUGAGCGUCCGUAUUCUUGUUCAGAGUGCGGGAAAUCUUUCACUCGAAAAGAACACCUUGUUAAACACCAGAGAGUUCACACGGGUGAACGUCCGUAUUCAUGUUCAGAGUAAGGGAAACCUUUUAAUGAAAAGAGAGACCGUCGCUGAAUUCAGAGAAUUUACACUAGUGAGCAUCCUCAUUUUAUGUUCAGCGUGUGGGAAAUGUUUCAAUCGCAAAAUAAAUAACUUGUUGUACACCAGAAAAACGUCAUACUACUGAGCGUCAUUUCCCUUGUUGAGAGAGUGUGGCAAAUGUUUCCUUCAAAAAGAAAAAUGUAUUACACACCAGAGAAUACACACAGGUGAGCGUCCUUAUUCAUGUUCAAUGUGUGGGAAAUGUUUAGUUAGGAAAGAACAUCUCCUUAUACAACAGAAAAUUCUCACAGGUGAGUGCGGGAAAUGUUUCACUUUUUGAAUGGCUCGAGGAUUCACACGGGUGAGCGUCCUUAUCCAUGUUUACAGUGCGUCAAAUCCUUCGUUCGUAAAAGAGACCUUGUUAUACACCAGAGAAUUCACACAGGGGAGGGUCUUUAUUCAUGUUCAGAGUGCGGGAAAUCUUUGAGAAAAGGGAACUUGUGAGAAACCAGAAAAAGCACACAGUGGAACUUGUUAGACACCAAAAAAAUUCAUUUAGAAACAAGUGGUGUAGUAUAAUGCUCAUCACAGUACAUCGGGGGUAUAA